AUGCCUCCAAACAAGAAAAGGAACCGCCGCAACAAAGCCGCAACCCAGGGACAGACACAAUCCGCUCAGGUCCCGAAGACCAUCCCUUGUCAUCGCUGCGGCGAAGAGAUCAUUGUCCCCAAAGCCUGCAAGCACGGCAAGAAACUCAUCAACUGUCAGGGGACCGGUUGUACCACAGCCCACAUCGACGAACAUAACGCGAACUGUCGCCUUGCUGCUCCCUUCAGACCCUCCACUAUGCCACAACGCAUGCAAGGAACAAGCUCUGGAACAGCCGCUGGUCUGAGAGAACCUGAGCCAAUUCCAGUCAAGUCUGAUCUACUAGCCUCCACGCCUGAUGCUCCGGUAUAUGGAUCUUGGGUCACUGGACCACCAAAUGGACGCCUUACCGAUCUACUCAAGAGCUUCCCGUCCACUCGCACUGUUGCAAUGGGACACCUAUCGGAACAGCUUACAAGACUCAGGGCACACCGCGGCAAGCUUCCAAGAUACAUUCAGGGGGUCCCAUUAGAUGAGUGGUUUAAUGGGCUAGAGGAGGGGAGUAUUCUGCAGGUCACCGAAUGGACCGAGAAGUUGAGGGAUUUGGUUGAGGGCAAGAAGACUGCCGAGGAGAUCGGAUAUGACGACGAUGAUACCGACGACGAGGGCGACGCAUGCCCAACACCAGAGGAAGAGUGA